AUGACCGAUAAAAGUGUUGUCGUGAUUUACUGCAUAAUUCUGUUUGAAUCCCUCAUUAUUUUCUUGGCCAAUACUUUUACCGUUUUUGUGUUUUGGAAAAACCGAAACAAAUUGAAGAGGACCUCAUUUCUACUCAUAAACCUGGCUGUGGCAGAUCUUCUUGUUGGACUCAGUCAAAUGAUAACAACUGGAGGGAUUUACAUCCAGCGUUAUACCCAUAAUAAAAGUACUCUUGGUGACGAUAUAUUGAAGAAAUGGAUUUUAGCUGUGCCUUCCUUAUGUUCGCCAUAUGCAUCACUUUUCUUUCUCGUACUCAUCUCACUGGAGCGUGCAUAUGCUCUGAUUUGGCCGCUACGACAUCGAGUAGCAAGUUUCAGAGGCUAUAUUUACAGCGCCAUCUUUGUGUGGGCUGCCGCAACAACUCUUGGGGCACUGACUUUGCUAAUUGUGAAAUUUAAGUUCCUAAAUCGCGCUCAUUGGAUGGCCGCAUUAGCGUGCAUCGCGGCUUUAUCCUUGACUACAGUUUGCGCCUGCUACGUAACAAUACGAGCUCGACUCAGUUCCAAUGCACGAGCAACAGUUGCUAACACAGACAAUACGCUGGAACAAAACAGGAAACUCUCCAGGACUUUGUUUAUUGUUAUAGGCGCCUCUCUUGUCUGUUGGGGCUCGAGUAGUGUUGCCUACUUUAUUUUUCAUCAGUGUUUAAGGUGUUAUCCUCGACUUGUUCAUGAAAGUUUUCACAUAUUUCAUUUGGGCAAUUCUUUGGUGAAUCCUAUAAUUUAUAGUUUUAAAUUUCCCAUGUUUCGAAAAGCUUUGAAACGAAUGAGACUAAGAAUAACUUCUAAACAAUAUCGAGUCAGUUGA